CAUCUUACAAGUUUCUGGAUACUUCUAAACCUCUUCAAUGAAUCGGUAAUUUACAGAGACGAUAUUACCCCUAUUAUCAUUUCGUAAUUACUCUAAACCCUCCUAAAACCCUGCAGCCAUUUCGUAAUACCAUCCUCAGGGAAGUUUUGAUAAUCCAGGGCCUCGCAGCCAUGUCGCUUGGCAGAAUAACGAGUCGGUUUUCCAGGACUGUGUUGACUCAGUGCCGCAGCUCGCAACUCCUCUGCGAUCGCCAUGACCAGAUGUACUUUCGGAUUAUCUCGAAUCAAUUCCUCUCCCCCACGGGCUCUCAGGAAAAGGUGUCUCUGCUAGGCCAUUCAACUCUAAAUUCAUCCACCUUUCAGUGGUUUGGAUUCUCGUCAUCUGCAUCCCCACAUCCAAAUGAGAAGGAAAAUGCUGAAUCUGAAAACAAACAAGAAAAUAAGAGAGAUGACGGUGCUAAUGCUGCUGCUGUAGAUGUUCCUGAUCAGUCAGAAGCAUCUGUGUCAGACCAGAAAGAUGAAUCAGGUCUUAAAAUGAAACCUCCAUCUAACACAUCUGGAUCUGUGAAAAGGAGGAAGAGAGGAACUAAACGACUUGCAUUUUCUGAUUCUGAUUCAGAUUUGGAGAGUGACCUUUCAAGAGAUGACCUGAUGAAACUUCUGGCUGAGAAGGAAGAACUUCUGAAAGUCAAGCAGAUUGAGCAUGAGCAAAUGAAGGAUAAGGUUCUGAGGACUCUUGCAGAGAUGGAGAAUGUGAAGGACCGUACUAAACGUGAAGCAGACAAUGCUAAGAAAUUUGCCAUUCAGAAUUUUGCAAAGAGCCUUUUGGAUGUGGCGGAUAACUUGGGUAGGGCUUCAUCUGCUGCAAAAGAGAGCUUUUCGAAGAUCGAAACUUCCAAUGGUGCUCCUGGAGCCGUUACACAACUUAAAACACUUCUUGAAGGUGUCGAGAUGACUGAAAAACAACUAAUAGAGGUAUUCAAAAAGUUUGGAGUAGAGAAAUAUGAUGUUAUGAAUGAAGAAUUCGAUCCAAACAGGCAUAAUGCUGUUUUCCAAGUACCAGAUGCUUCAAAGCCAGCAAACCAUGUUGCAGUUGUUCUAAAGGCUGGAUACAUGCUCCAUGACCGAGUUAUACGGCCUGCGGAAGUUGGUGUGACAGUAGCAGUGGACAAUGUGGAUGCAGAUAAAUGAUCUGAAGGCUGAGAAAGUCUCUUUACAUUGCCCCCAUACACAAAAUAUUCAAGAAGUGCUCAUCGUGGAAGAAGACGACGUUCCUUAUUUCAAUUAGCUUUAUGUUCCGUUUGUGCUGCGUUUCUUAGCUACGAUUGAUGUCGCCGAAUGUUGUGAACAUCUAGGGUAGAAAUCUAAAAAUGUUGCCGUGCAGUACAUUCAAGUGUCUUAUCAACAAGACCUACAUUAUCUUGUGUUUGGCGGAAAAUGUAGAGAAACAGCUUUUCUAGGAUGUUGAUUUUGACGACGGUAAAUUCAGUGACUGAAUUGUAAUAAAGAUUUAAAUUUAAAGAAAGUUUGGGGAUCAA